AUGCCGCCAUCCGCAACAAGGCGAUCAUCUCAACGGGCGCGCAAGACGCGCGACCCCAGCCCCGGCCCUGCCACUGAAUUGUCGUCGCCAUCGCGUCCCUCGAAGCGUAGAAGAAAGGUUCAGUUAGAUCCUCCUUCAGAGCCUGCCGACGACGAAGACUCGACAUUGACUGUGGAUGCCAAUCCGAACUCUGAUGAAGCCUUGAUAUCAAAAGUCACACAAUGCCUCGCCAGUAUCCCCACUCAAGCGAGCCGCGAUCAUGCAAACUCCUUACAAGAUCCAUCUGGGGGUGAUAUCUCUGCCUAUGCCAAGAUUGCUGCUCAGGAAUGGACCUACUUUGUCAAGCAUCUCGUCGUGAACAUUGGCCGCACCACCGAGAUCGCACACGGCCAGUCAAUACCCACUGAUCCCAAUGCAAAGGACUUUGUGCAUAUCGAUCUCGGCCCUACCAAGGUCUUUUCGCGCCAAACCGCCAUGAUCUACUUUGACCCCGAUGCCGACCCUGAAUCUGAUCACGGAAGCUGGUUUCUCAAGGUGAAGGGUCGCAAUGGUCUAAAGGUCAAUGGAGAAACCCUCAAGCGCGAGGACUCUCCGUACUUGCUUUCCAGUGGCGAUGUCAUCGAAGUGGGAGGAAUCGAAAUGAUGUUUGUGCUACCGGCCAAUUUGGGACCUUUGAGAGUUCACGAAAUAUACACAUCACGUAUUGGCCAUGGCCCACCCACGAUAAGCACAAAACCUCAGAAGUCUAGCCCGCCACCUGAGGUUCGCAGCGCCCUGCCACUUCCUGUCCCCGAAGCCAUCUCGAGCAAAACCACAAAGAGUACCGCCGCGACCUCCGGUGCAACUGGCGCAGGCCCUCAUCAGCUCAUUGCCCCGGCGCCUCACGACUAUAGGCGUCCCGGAACACCUCCAUCGGCUGCUCGGGGCCGCACCAACGCAUCGUCGAAUCAUCGGUCUCCCGCUUACGGUAGCAGUGGAACAUUACUCAUGAACAAUAAUGACUUGGACCUCAGUCUGGAUGAAAAUAAGCACAUUAAGCCGCAAUAUAGCUAUGCGCAAAUGAUUACGCAAGCCAUCAUCAGCACCGAAGACCACAAAUUGAACCUUAAUGGCAUAUAUAGGUAUAUUAUGGACAACUUUGCAUACUACAGGCAUGCUCAGGCUGGAGGCUGGCAGAAUUCGAUUCGGCACAACCUGUCACUGAACAAAUCCUUUGCCAAGAUGCCUAGGUCCACGGAUGAGCCUGGCAAGGGUAUGAAAUGGGAAAUCGUCCCUGAGCAGAAGGAAGAAAUGAUCAAUGCUGCGUACAAGACUGGACGAGGAGGACAUCGUGGGUCGUCUGCUCCAUCAUCUCCAAGUCAACCCGGACCUCUCAAUUAUGUCAACCAUGGCCCGAGAGAAAUGGCAGGUCGGGCACCCGGUUCUGCACGGAAGCGCAAGCUCUCUCCUAUUGCCUCGCCGCCUCCGCCAUCUUCGGUGAACCCCACACAAACACCCGACCAGCGCUCGCGAUACGACGCCGACGGACCAGCAAAUUUCCAGGAUGGUAGCCCCUUGCCUCGGCCGCGGAAGCCCUUGACGGCGUCUGGCUCCUUUGGUACCGCUGACGGGGUCCCACGUUCUCCGCCCACGCUUUCAUCUUCGUAUAUGCAGGACGAGAGUGCCCCAUUCGUGACCCCGGCGCCUCAGAAGCUCCACCCUCGUCUUGCGCCUCCGAGCACAGCUCAGCGGCCGAGUCAACACAUGCCGACGAGCUCGCCCGCUCCAUUCUGGAAGUACGCUGACAUAGGAAGCACGCCCCUCCGUGCUUUACCUUUCGACCCUAGCCCUUCUAAGCCCGCCUUACCUCCCCUGCCAGGCAGCAGCAGCCCUCCAGCUCCGGUCAACGGAAGUCGCUCGCCCAUUGCGAGCCCAAGCAGAUCAACAGUUCGUAGCGAAACUCCACACGUUAAGGCGGAGCCGGCCCUGGCCGUCCAAGACGACGAUGACGACGACGAAGAUGAUGAUGAAGAGGCCGGCUUCGACCUGACCAAGGGCUUCCAAAGUAUCGGUUCUUACCACGCGCCAAUUGGCCGUGGCUUGGGCGUGCCGAGAGCCAACGGUCGCUAG